UCUCUCUCUCUCUCUCUCUAAAAGAUGGAGCGGGAGCACAAGAAUGAGGAGCUAAACCUGGACCUGGGGCUGGAGCCGUCGAGCCCACCCGAGCCAGCCCGGCUCUUCUCGUGCCACUACUGCCAGCGCAAGUUCUGCACCUCCCAGGCGCUGGGGGGCCACCAGAACGCCCACAAGCUCGAGCGAAGCCUGGGCAAGAGGAAGCGGGAUCUGGGACACGCUGCGCGCCAACAUGCCAGUCCGAGCCAUGGGGAGGUGGCCCGGUCGGCAGCCGGGCUCGAGAGGAGGGAGGACGGGGCGGCAGCGACUUGGGCCGCGAGCUAUGGUAGUGAGAGGGGCAACAAGCGAGAGCUCGCCCAAGAGAUUGACUUGUCUCUGAGGCUUUGAGUUCCUCUAUCAAGAGAUUGACUCGUCUUUGAGAGUAUGAAUUGCUUUUCUUCGAUCCCCUUCUUUCUAUGGUUAACUCCGUGCUCUCUGUGUGUACAUGUACAGGAGAUUGCGUUGAAUGGAGGUAAGCUAGCUAUAUUUUUUU